CUGACAAUAUUUACUGUCUGACUGCCCACUGAUCAAAUCCUGACAAUAUGUCCUACAUGUGAUGUGACGUGAUUUACAUUAACCCCCUGACAUCUUGAAGAAGAAGCUUGAAGGAGGUUUACUGCUCAAUGGAGGACUACACAACUUUUGUGACCACAAAGCAGCAUUUGCACUUCAUGUAUCAUCACGCAGAGACAGAUGGCUGGAUUCUGGAACUAUUCAAGGACAUAUGAACAUGACUAUCCACUAUUUUAAUAAAAGUGUUCACAUAAUCGCUAAGCAUGGUCUCUGAGGACAACUAUCACAACGUUACAACUGUGCAGCGCACCUCAGAGAAGUGCAUGAAGAAACAAAGGAAAAGCGAGACUAGCGCCAUCCACCUCUCCUCUCUAGUGGUGGAGGGCGAAAGGAAGCUUGAUGCAAGCAGUUUGACAGUUUAUGAUGACGGCCAGAAGGUGAAGGUGGUGUAUGAGGUAUACCCUGGUGAUGUCCGCAUCAUGGAGAAUGAUGCCCACUCCCAAAGACUGUUCCAGGUCACCAGCAGAGAUGGUGGAGGAAAGGUGCCCUCUCCAUCGGACGUAGUCACCAACGGCACGGGACAGAACGACCUACAGGACCAGAAUGCUCCAAAGGUCUGUAACGUAAUGUUGAUUUGUGAUGCCUCCAGCAGCCAGCCCUGCUCUGGGCCUGAGGACAACUCAACAGACACACACGAGACUCUAACAGAGACUUCAACUAUGACCUUUGUGGAUGCACACACCAUUGAUGAGUCGGGGGAGACACACAGCCUUCUCUGUGUAAUGGAGGUACACAUUAAUAAGGAGUUUGUCCUCAUUGAUGAUGAUGAUGACGGUGACAUGUCCCUAAGAGAGAAGACUGUCACUAACAUGUCCAUCAUGGAUGGUAAUGCUGCAGACCUGGUCUGUGGCAGACGGCUGUCCAUCUCGACUGACACUUUCUCUGAGUGUAAAGAGGAGAGUGUGGCCCCGGAACCCACUUCACAAGCAGACACACACACUAAAAAGCAGGCCUGUUGCUUCUGUUCCAUUCUAUGAUCAUUCUAUCUGUUCCUUUUUAUGACCAUUUCAUCCGUUCACACUGUAUCAGAGGCAGAGCACAUACUGUAGUAAAUUUUAGUUUUUGUAAUUUUGUAUGAAUUUUCUAUCAAUCAAUCCCUAUUGUCUUCAAAAGCUACCCACUACUCUGCACAAAAUGUGUGGUAAUGUUAAAAUUAUGGUUAUUUGUCAUGUCAUGUCACUGCACAGUAUUUGCAUCGAUUUUGCGUUCUUAUUUACAGUGUUGGGUAAUACGAAAUAAAGGUGCAUAGUGAAAUAAUCAGCAUUUCUCUUAACUACUUAGGACCACUUUGAAUGCUUCUUGAAUCAAACACUGAUCUGAAUAAUAGGUUCUCUACAGAAAGCCUUUGAGUGUGUCACGACUUGUGUCACCGGUCUUCUAGCCAUCGCC